UAAACAAUGAACCGAUAAGACCUUGCCAUUAUGACUGUGACACAAUGACGUUAAUACAAAACCUGUGUAAUACUUUGUAGAUGGAGGAAAUGCAAUUAAUACAUGUAAUAUUACCCACUGAAACCUGAGUAAUUGAGUAUAUAUGAUAGGUGGAUGAAAUGCAAGACAACAGCAGAUGUUCAACAGCAUCCUCUUAUCUGGAACCAAUCUCGCAUGAUAAGCCACCAAGUGAUCUUACAGAAAUUACAGCAGUGGCUGAAAAUGCAACAAAUCAAUCUAUUCUACAAAAUCAUAAUGCUGCGGGCGUUAACAAUCAGCCACCGAUUACCACAAUUACCUCGGAGAUAGAUCCCUAUGACACCUUAGGGUAUGAACCACGUCACAAUUACUCAGUACUGAGGGAAAACGAGAGGUAUGAUGACUUACUGAAUGGGAUCCGGACAGGAACUGUGAAGUACGAGAGACUUGCAGACCGCAUGUAUUAUAGCCUUCCUUAUCAACAGGUUAACGCGGUUUCUAAUGGUAGUGGAAAUCAAUCCAAUAAAACCAAGAGGGAAGUCUCCUUAGCUAUCAUGCUGUGCUGCUCCAUUACAAGCCUUGUGCUUAAUUGUCCUGUUGGUGUCUUCUCCGUUUGCUACGCUUAUAUGGCAAAAACAGAACGUUUUUAUCCCAUGAGAAGAUAUUACAAAUGUAUGUCUCUUGUCGUUAGUGCUGUAGCUAUCUUUGGCUUUAUCAUCGCAAUUACUACAACGAUAGCUUUAUUAAUUAACAGCGCUAACAGAAAUACGUAAACAUUAACAAAUGUAUGUAAAAUUGUACAUCAGUAACAAAAUUAUUCGCUUAAUUCACAACUUUGUAUUUUCAUUUGAUAUAGAAGUUGGAAGAUUAUAGCAUUUUAUGUUUAUUUAUUAACAGUACACAAAUAAUGUAGGUUGUAAAAUCUAUCACAAUAGAGUUGUCCUUACAUGUAUUUUU